UUAACAUGCAAGGCAAAGUGGCUGGUGGAAGGGCAGGCGUUCAAGCCGGCGCGGUGACCAAGCGCACAAGCUCCAGCCGAGCCCGGGGGCUGCGUGGCGGGAGCGUGUGGACUCCCGAGCAUGUGUCUGCGCCAUCCCGUGGGUGUGGCGCAGAGCGGAGUGUCAACGCCGGCAGGGCGGGAGGAGCGAGCCGGGGAUUACAGGCAGUCAGGCUGCCCGGCAGAGGAGUGAGGAGGGCUCCGGUGGCCAAGGCAGCAGCAGCAGCAGCCGCAGCCGCAGCAUGGCUUCAUCCCAAGGGAAGAGUGAGCUGCCAUCCGCAGACUGGAUGGCAACUUUGCCAGAAAGCAUCCACACUCCCCUCACCAACCUAGCCAUCCCAGGGUCUCAUGACUCCUUUAGCUUCUACAUCGACGAAGCCUCUCCAGUUGGACCUGAACAACCAGAAACUGUCCAGAAUUUUGUCUCCGUAUUUGGGACUGUGGCUAAAAAGUUGAUGAGAAAGUGGUUGGCAACACAGACGAUGAACUUUACUAGCCAGCUGGGUGCAGGUAUACGAUAUUUUGAUCUCAGAAUUUCCACUAAACCCAGAGACCCUGACAAUGAACUUUACUUUGCUCAUGGGUUAUUUAGUGCCAAAGUCAAUGAGGGCCUUGAAGAGAUCAAUGCAUUUCUGACUGACCACCAUAAAGAAGUGGUCUUCUUGGACUUCAAUCAUUUCUAUGGGAUGCAGAAAUAUCAUCAUGAGAACCUGGUCCAAAUGCUCAAAGGCACGUUUGGGAAUAAAAUGUGCCCGGCUAUAUUUGCCCAAGAAGUAAGUCUCCAGUACCUGUGGGAGAAGGAUUACCAAGUGUUGGUAUUUUAUCAUAGUCCAGUGGCUCUUGAGGUACCAUUUCUUUGGCCAGGGCAGAUGAUGCCAGCUCCUUGGGCAAACACAACAGACCCAGAAAAACUGAUUCAGUUUCUUCAGGCAUCAAUCAUUGAGAGAAGAAAGAAGGGCUCCUUUUUUAUAUCUCAAGUGGUGCUGACCCCCAAAGCUAGUACUGUGGUUAAGGGUGUUACUAGUGGACUCAGAGAAACAAUCACAGAAAGGGCUCUUCCCGCAAUGAUGCAUUGGGUCCGAACUCAGAAACCAGGAGAAAGUGGUAUCAAUAUUAUCACUGCUGAUUUUGUAGAACUUGGUGACUUUAUCAGCACUGUCAUAAAACUCAACUAUAUCCUGGAUGAAGGCGAAGCUGAUACUACUUGAUACUACUGCAAUAUAUUUGUUGUUCAUUGAGUAGAUUUGAAAGGAAAACCCAAUUGUAUUAGAAAAAAAUAUCUUGUAACACACAGAUCUUCCUAUAACACUGAAUCUCUGAGGUGUUUAGGGCUGUAGUGGGUGGGCAAAGGGAAAUGUUUUCAUUGGUUAUAAUAAUUUUCUACGUUAAUAAACCCUCAUGUUUUUCAUUUGAAGAGCAAAACAGGAUUUCUUUAGUGGUCGACUAGAGAAAGCCACUGCACAUUUUCCACAAAGUACCAAAUAUAAUAUUUGUGUCUUACUUCUAAGGUUAUGAAUAGUGCCAAGCAAUUUGCUUUAUGUAGAUUGGAGGGACAUAUAAUGCCCUCUGUCUGCACAGGGAAUUCCUACUGACAUGAAUGUUUUGCUGCAGACUGAGGGCACUAUAUGACCCUAAUGUUUCAAUUCAACGCACUUCAUCUGUUAGGUGGCAUAACUGAUUGCAUUCAUUGGCAGCCAUCAGUUUAUUGGCAUUUGGGGAAUAAAUUCAAUAUAAAGUCAUGCUUGCAAUUCUUGUAUCAUCAGCAGACGGCAAAUAUUGAGAACCAUAUUCUGUAGCCUGUGCAGAAUAUGGGCCAAAUCCUGAUCACCUUGCUCACCUGGAGUAGGAUUGUCAGAAGUGCUGUGCACUUGCUGAAGUCAAAAAAGUAUGCAGCAUUGGCCUAACUCGAAUCCCAUGAAAGCCCAUGGGAGUUUUACCAUGGACUUCAGUAGGAGCAGAGUUACGGCAAUGCUGAGCACUUUUAAAAAUCCCUCCCAUGAGAAGUCCCAUUUACAGAUGUGAUGCAAAGCCCAUUGAAGUCAACGGGAGGCUUUUCAUUCAUCGGCUUUGGAUUAAGCCCUAAUUCAGUAGAAUUACUCAUCUGAGUAGGAUGAGCAGGAUUUGACCUCAUCUAUAGAAAUUUACUUUCUGCAGGAAUAAAUCUAUACAGACGAAACGUUGACUUGUUUAAUACGAAGUUGCAGUAUCAAUUUCUCUUUAAGGCAGCUAUAAACACAGAGCAACAGUUUUCUGCUGAUGAAAAAAUUGGUGCCAAUUCAACAGUGAAAAAUUGCUCUACUAAAGAGUGGAACAGUUCAGUGGGUAGCAAAUAACAUUAAUCUAUGGUCCUUUCAUUCCUGUGAAAUAAUAAAUCAUGACAAGAGGUUUAGAAUACCUGCUAUUACAACAGCAGACCCUCCAGUCCCCCUACUCUUAAUGAAACAUAUAUCACUCUAAUGGGUAAAAAAGUUGGUGAGAUAUAAAAUAAAAUGAGAGCAGAGUCAUUGUAUGGUUUCAACAACUCACAAUUGGAUAUUAAUAGAGUUAAUCAUAUAUACUGAUGUGCAUGUGGACAAUGGAGGAAAGUAGAGCAUUUAGUAAAAUUUCUACAAAUCAUACGGACUCCAAAGUAGUACAAUGAGAAAUUGCUUAUUGAAAUAUCAUAGAUUAAAUUUGAGAGGGUGAGGGUUAAGGUGGCAUCCUUAUUCAGUUGAAGUCCCCUUGAUAGCAAUGGAAGUUGCUUGAGUAAGGCCUAAGGAUGGUUUUAUUUGGCCCUUACUAAUUUCCAUUAAGUGAUAAAACAUGAGGAAUAGAAACUGCAAAUGCAACGUUCUGAGGUUACGAAAAUGAAAAUGGCGUCACCAGGAAUGGAUAUUUUUUCAUUUCCAAAGUAGUGGAAUAAAAGGUAUAUUCACUGGUAUUUUGUAUUUAGAUGAUGUGCCAGUGUGUGUCUAUGCAUGUAUGUGUGCAUUAAAGGCACAUAUAUAUAUAUUGUCUCUAUGUACAUAAUACAGAGACAUGCACACACAGAACUGUGCCCUCAUUUUUAGCUAUAGGUAUAUAUACAGGUUAAAGAAUGUAGAAAGUAAAUUUACAACUCCUUCUUCAUUAACCAUCCCUGUGUGUCAAUUAGGGCUAUGAGAACCAAUCACAAUGGGACCGCAAAACCAGGACAGUUUGGUUUCUUUACUAACCCAAAACUUGACCAAAACAUUUGCUGAGGUUCACAAACACUGUCUCUUCCCAUGGGAGAUGGAGGAAGCUAUGGUUUUCACACAAAGCGAGACGAAACUCAGUAGGUUCUGAUGAAAGUAGUUUCCAGAUUCUCUCAAAGGAAAAUUCAACAGAUGAGAGCUACAUGAGUUGAAAUGCACAAGUAAGUUUUGCUGAAUCCCGUGCAAACUGAAACGGCCACAUUUUGCACAGUUCUCAAGGCAGUGCCUUUCCUUUGAACAGGGCGUCUGGUGAUAUACAUUUAGAACUUGUUUCCUUACUUAUUGGAGAUAUGGUUUAAGAAACUAUUUUCAUAAUUAUUUCAGUGAGCCAGAUUGCUUUUUUUUCAAUGUCUUCUGUCAUUUUUCAGGUUUCAGAGUAGCAGCCGUGUUAGUCUGUAUUCGCAAAAAGAAAAGGCGUACUUGUGGAACCUUAGAGACUAACAAAUUUAUUUGAGCAUAAGCUUUCGUGAGCUACAGCUCACUUCAUCGGAUGCAUGCAGAAGUGAGCUGUAGCUCACGAAAGCUUAUGCUCAAAUAAAUUUGUUAAUCUCUAAGGUGCCACAAGUACUCCUUUUCUUUUUGUCAUUUUUCAGUUAUUUAAAUGUGGCCAAAGCAUUUUAACUGCAUAAAAAUAUUAUAUGUUAAAAAAAAUAAAAAAUCUGAGCAGUGCAAACAUCUUUAGGGUGAGCAAAGAAAAAAGACUAAUUUGCUUUUAUUUUGUGAUUGGGUUUCUAUUAUAAACAACUGAGAGGCACAAUGUUGAUUUCCUCCUGGAAACCCUGAGUCAAGCACACAUAAAAUGCCACAAGGGUUUCAUUUAUAUAAAUAUGUACUGAAAACAGGUGUUUCGAUGUAUUUAAGAAAAAAGUAUAUAUAAAUAUAACUAUGUUGUAUCUUGAGCUUAUUGGCAUUGUUAAAAUGUUUGCUUAGCAUCAGUUGUGUCCUAUUUGUUGUUUGGGUGCUGGAAAAUAAAAGCAAAGCAAAAAAAGUCCUCUGCAAAGAUAGGGUAAUAAACAAAUUAUGUAGUUUCUCCAUUGGGCUGGGGGAGGGAAGGGAUCUUUAUACUGUUAGCUAAAUGCACAAAAAAACUUUGUCAGCUAAAUGACAUUUUCAUUCAGCUGUUAAUCUCCUUCCCAAUGGAGAAGAACAGAAUUUAAUGGCAAGGGCUGUGAAUAAACAAACUAGCUUUAACUGUUGUCGGGGAGGGAAUAGAGUAACGUGCAGUUCGCUAGUCUGUUGUGGACAAACAUCUUAAUCCUGCCAUCCUAACGGGGAAAGUUUCCAUUGUUGUACUUGUGGGAUGCUUGCCAAGAAACCAAACGCACCAGAAAGGAAGUGUGCAAUACAACUGGACCCUUUUGGGGCUUGUCUACAUAGGGAGUUAUUUCAGAAUAGCUAUUCCCAAUUAACUGCAUGUGUGGAUGCUUAUAUUCCAGCAUGAGUGUCUUAUUCCACAUUAGCUUAAUCCAUACAGCACUCUUAUUCCAGAAUAAGAGCAAGUACUCGUGGAAUUAAUCAGGAAUAGUUAAUCUGCUUUAAAUUCUCACCUUCACUUAUUCUGCAUUAAUUUUUAUGUGUAAACAAGCCCUUAGAGCCCAAUCUCGCCAUCUGUAUGUAGGCAAAAUUGACUUGAACAUUAAAUGUGUCUGCUUAAGAACUGCAGAAUUGGGUCCUACUGCGUUCCGUUGUUUGACAUAGCCUGCUUUGGUUUUUCUGCACACAUACCACAUGGAAUCCUAUAAGGGAAAUAAUGACUGUAAUCUACUCAUAAGAGCAAAAACCCCACCUAAGAUACUGGGCAUCAUAAUUUUUCCAUGUGUUGUAUUUUGCAUCCUUCACUGUCUUUUGGAGCUAGUAAUGUUAAUUCGUCGACUGCCAUCACAUUGUCUUUUUUCUCCUCUUGUACACAUUUAACCACUCGUGUCUAUAGUCUAGUGUGUACAUGUCAAGUAAUAUGAAUCUUUCGGAUGCUAUGACAUGGCUACUUAAUGUUUUCUUUCAGUCAGAUCUGCAAAAAUUACCAAUCACAACAGAGCACCACAUACAUUAAAGAGCUUAAAGGCAACGGGUCAGAUGCUCAGCUGGUGUAAAUCAGCACAGCGCCAAUCAUUUCCUUGAGGCUAUCUUGAUUUACACCUUGUGAGAAUUUGGCCCACUUAUUUCACACCAGUAUACUCAUUGGCUUCAGUGAAGUUAUUUCUGACUUACACCAGUGUAUGUGGGAUCUGCUCAGUUUUCACCAAUGAACCCUCAUGGAAGCCCACUGAAGUAUCAAUAGUAAUGAAAUCAAUGAUAUUACAACUGGUGUAACUGCAGGCAGAAUUUGCCCCAGUAUUUUUAUAGAUGUAAUUUACACAUACAUUCUUCCAUUAAAAUUAUCAUAGUGUUCAUUUCUGUAAAAGUAUGUACAAUGUGUGUGUACCUCCUGAAUGCAGAGUCAAAUCCUGCUGUCAAAACAACUCUAUUGGCUUCAGAGGAGUUACUGCAGAUUUACACUGGUUUAAUCAAGAGCAGAAAUUGACCAGGGUGUGGUAUAUGGUAUGAAAGGAAAUAAAAAAUUCUGAAGACUAGCUGAGAAAUAUCAAAAAAGAGAAGUCUACUGAGAACAUACCUCUAAUGGUUUUCAUUCUGAAUACAAUGCAUGGAGCGAUGAGCAGUGCCAUCUGAAUGGGUUAUAUGCGGAUUUCAAGAGUUCAGCUAACACCAUUUUAGACAGCUAAACCCCUUUUCAGUGAAGCAAAAGUUAAUAGUUUAUAUGAUGUGUUUGCCAUAUUUCACUGGUAGCUUCUGUGUUAUAUACAGUUGUCAACAUUGUUCUGAAUUGUUCAUUUACCCACUGACAAGGAUAAAAUAUGCUGUAGAGUAUGUAAAAUGUAUUGAUGACCAGUUUCUUGGAGUUCAGUGAUUUUUCUCUAUUAUUAUUUAUUAUGUUUAUUACUGUGCUGCUGUUUUAUAGGUACUGGUUACAUGUUUGUGUGUGUAUGUGUGUGUGUAUGCGUGUGUGGGGGUGGGGGUUGUGUUCAAAAUGUGAGAAAUAACUUAUCCUAAAGGAAAAGGGCAGUCAUGGUACCUGCCUUAAUGUAGCUGCAUUAUUUUGUUAAGCCCUGUAGUUAUGAGUUCAGAUUUCAAAACAAGUUGUGUGGUGGCUGAAUGCUUUUUCCAGGACUGGGUUGUUUUACUUUUUAGAAGGAGUUAAACUUGAACUUAUUUGGAGCUCAUUUAAAAACUGAUAAGGAUUAGCACAUUUUUAAGAUCAAAUUAACUGUACACAAAUAUCAAGACCUAGUAUGAUAUAUCAUAUCAGCCAGAUCAUUCCCUCAGAUAUACACUCACAACUCCUAUUUAUGUCAAUGGGAAUUGGGCACAUCUAAUGGAGAGCAUGUAAUUUGCUCUGGAUUUUAGUGUAGCUAUGACACUAAGGGCAAAAUUUUCCAAGGUAAUUCAGCUGUGGGUGGGAAAAUACCUGGGUGCUGGAUAAUACUGAGAAUGUCCUCUGGUGGAAUAUGACUGUGAGUUCACAGUUCGAAACCUGCCCCAGGAUCCAGGUUCAUUCCACAUGUUGAAGAGGGAGGGUUAGGGACAAGGAGGUACCCAGGCCAGUCCUGCCCACUGACAGCAUUCUGCUGUCUUGAGUGUACAGCUUUCACUAAGAAAGUGAUGUAAGGUCCAACAGGCCAGAGUUGAAAGGCUUUAUGCUCUAAGAAAGAAGGGGAGCGUCAGUACUUUCCACUACACAGAAAUAUGAUGAAUCAGCCAACCAUGUCUCACAAUCAAAUACAGUUCCCCCUUCCCGUUUCUGCAUGCAGCACCUCUACUUGAUGUUAAGGGUGAUUGUGUCCUCAACACCCAAUAUGUGACACAAGACAGGUCCAACUCCAGAUCUGCCCAGCCAGACAGCUGCGUGCUGGCCUGCUCAGUCAAUUGAUAUCGUAUGGGGGGGGGGGGACAGCUUCAGAGUCAAACCUGCUUAAGUAGCAGAUAAUAGGUUUGGGGUGCUGAGGUGAAAGCCAGUGAGAACCCACCCCGCUGGUUGGGGAGAAGCAGCUGUAGUACUUAAUUUGUGCCAGAGCUAAGCCCUAGCACCUCUAGGCUUGCCACAUCAGUUAUGAAAGUAAAUCAUUGCUUGAGUCCUGGCACAUCUUUCAUUACAAAUUAAGCACUGAGCAGAAGUGCUGGUUAUCUAAUUUCAGCACCCUUCUGCAAUCUCUCUACCCUCUGUCCAUCAUCCCUCCUUACCUUCCAUGUGCACUAAUAUGCCUUAUCCUACUCUCAACCUCAGCUCCCUCCCAACAUCACUAGCAGAGGUGAACAAACCCACAUCCAUGCUGGAUAUGGGUUGCUGGUUUCAAUGCACAACUUCCAGCUUUGGUCAAGAACUUCCGUGAAGGGACACAGGGCUAGGAGAAGGCAGAGAGAGACUUAAUGUCUCCUGUCACAGGCAGGUUUCCCACACCUCCACCACCCAGUCCCCAUGCAUACCCACAUACUUGACCUGUUAGAUACACCCUUCCUUGGUUGGAGAUAAUUUAGCCCUAAACUUUGUAACUCCACAUUUAAAACUCGAAUAACUAACUAGUAAAUGUAUCUGUGGGAGUAAUCCUGUACUAGCAGCGAGAUGGACUAGAGCCCAUAGGCCUCAAUCCUGCAGUUGGAGCCACAUGGGCAAACUUUUUUCACACAUGCAGAGUCCCACCAAAGUCAAUUGGAUCUGCAAAGAUACCUAGAUUCUGGGACUUGUAUUUACAUUAACAAAUCUGUUUUGAUUAGUGUUACACCACCUGGGAAGCUGGGAUACAUAAAGCAGAAUGCACUAGUUUUAAGUGUCAUUAUAAAAACUGGGGGGAAAUGUACUUGAAGAUAAAUCCAUGGCAGGUGUUGGGUUAUUGCCUGACUCGGUGAUGAGUAGUUUUAGAAGCGUGCAAGGUAGUUAUUCUGACAAUAUUGCCAUACUGCCUCUAACCCUAUUAAAAUUCUCUUUCUAGAAGCCUUACUAUUCCAAAUGAUUGCAUUGCAUUCUAAUGCAUUGGAAUGAUAUUAUUUCAUUUUGUGAGAUGUGGGUGUGUCACAUUGGUGACCUAUAGCUCCUUGUGCAUUGUGCACCAGCGGUUCACAGGGCUGUCCCUUCUCUUUUUAGGAUCUAGUCAAUGGUACUUUAAUAAAUGUUGUGUAAAAAAAAAAUCGCCUAUAGUUCUGUAUGGCAAAUGUGAUUUUUUUUAUGACAAGAAUGUGCAUUGAAUGUGAAAAGCAUAAAACCCAGUUUCUUUGUAUUCAGUGAAAUGUCUAAUAAAGCCCUGGUACCUGUA